AUGUUGGAGAAUGGAGAAGACUUGGAUAACAUUGAGAUUACCCUGUUCCCUCCUGAAGAGGGCCAAAAUACUGACGAAGAGAGUGGGGAUGAGAACGAGCUUGAUAUGAACCACCUGCCACGUAGCAUACUUGUAGAAGUUGAGGUUAGUGCUAAAUCUUCCAUAAAUUUUGACCUCAUGGAUUCGAUGGAACCGGAGACUCCAGACAUGAUUCCUCAUGGAGAUGAAAACAGAGAUGGCAGUGGAAAUAAUGAUGAAAAUGGCGACGGAGAUGGCAGUGGAGAUGGCGAUAGUACUUUAUGUGAGGUGGAAGUGGAAGUGGAAGUAUCAGCUUCUAAGAAAAGGGGAAAGAAUUCGGGUGGGCAGGUCAAGAAGAAGAAAAAAACAGGGGAAGUCAGUCAACUGAGAGUAACAAGAUCCUGUGGAACCAAAUGUCAAGCUGGCCCCUCAAAUACUUUGGGUCAGAAGCAAAGUAGCAGCAAAAAGAAGAGCAACAUUGCAAAAUAUAAGUGGGUUGAAGAUGAAGAAUUUUUUUCCAGAAGAGUUGGUAAUGGAGAUGCUAAAGAGAGAUUCAAUGAGAACCCUCAUCCAGAGAAGUCAUGUGUGCAAUGGUUUGAGGAGUUGUUUUCUCCAGAAGUCAUUACUCUCAUAAAGGAGCAGAGCAAUCUAUAUACUCUAAUGAAAAAUCAUGAAUUGAAAGUUUCUGAUGAGGAAAUCAAAGUUUUUGUCGCUAUACUGCUUCUUACUGGGUAUCUGUCACCUACAUACAUGCGCAUGUUUUGGGAGACACAAUCUGACACCUACAAUGCCCUUGUUGCCCAAUCAAUGAGACGUGAUAGGUUUUUUGAAAUUUCACAAUACUUACAUUUAGCUGACAACUCAAAUUUACCAGCUAAUGACAAUUUUUCUAAGGUGAGGGACUACUUGAAUCUCUUGGAAUCGAAUUUCAGAGAGGAGUUCAAUGUUAUUUGGACAUCACAUGUCUCAAUUGAUGAAACAAUGGUCCGUUACUAUGGGAAACAUUCAUCAAAGCAGCAUAUCCAUGGUAAACCCAUAAAAUUUGGGUAUAAACUUUGGUCCCUUGCCACACCAUCUGGAUAUUUAGUGACAUUCAUACCCUAUGAAGGAUCUGCCAAUGCUCCAUUGCCAUUUCAAGAUCAGUUUGGUUUGGGAGGGGCUGUUGUACUAGAGCUAGCAUCACGACUUCCAGAAGAAUAUGGACCAUAUAAUGUCUAUUUUGACAGAUUUUUCAGUGGUAUAAAAUUGAUAGAAGAAUUGGCCAAAAGAAACAUUGGAGGGACUGGAACAAUUCUCGAAAAUAGAACAUUGAAAUGUCCCUUGGAAGAAUCGAAAUCCUUGUCAAAGAAAGAACGUGGUUCCACAUCAUUCAGAAACACUGAGGAUAUCAUCCUCACAAAAUGGAAUGAUAAUAAUAUUGUGUCAAUGAUUUCCAAUUGCCAUGGACUAACACCUUUUACCAAAGUGGAGAGAAUUGGGAAAAUCAAUAAUAAAAAAGCCAAAGUGAGUGUACAAUGUCCCAAUAUAACAAAAAUGUAUAACACUUACAUGGGAGGAGUUGACCGCUUUGAUCAGAACUUGGACUCCCUGCGUAUUACAUUUGUCAUGAACCACAAGGUUUGA